AGUAGUUGAGCGGCCAGUGAGUUAGAAGCUUAGUAGGUCAGCUCUGUGUUGUCUUUACCCUGUGUACCACGCAGCUGGGAUCACACACUCUCCUCUGCUGAACAGGGACGUGCUGCACAGAGACUCUCUUGUCCACCAUGGCACUCAGGCUCCUGCCUGCAUUUAGUAUGGACAAUGACGAGGACGACGAUGGUAACUUUACAAAAUGGAUGAGUAGUUACUGGGGUCACGGAGCUGAGGGUGCACACUCCAGAGAAAGAAAACACAGCUUCAGAAGACCUGCAAGAGCACAAGGUGAUCGAAGAGCAUCACUCCCGACUCUGUCCCAGUUAGACGCCAUGAAGUUGAGCAGGCUCCACGCAGCGUCGAUGGCGCCCUCUCCCAGCCACAUCAAGACAAGAGAGGAGAAGGCGGAGGUCAGACUCCAUCAGAGGGCUCGCCGGGCCUCCUCAGACGACAACAGUCGCCAAAAGAACGCCAUCCCAGAGAACCGUAUCAGCACCAUCCCGGAGCUCACAGAGUCCUUCGAGAGGAGACUUUGUGUCCGUGAUAAGAGGGCCAGCGGUGAUGAGAGGUUGUGUCUGAUCUGUCAUGAGGAUAUGCGUACGAACAGAGGCUUACAAGAGCUGCACUGUACACACCGCUUCCACAAAGAGAGGCCUCAUCACUUAUUCCCUCAGGUCCCAGCAUGUCAGAUAUCAGAUAACCCUGGUGCAUGA